AGUUGACGGCAUCCCCCAUUGUUGCGCACCACGGAAGACGAAGGGCGGCAGCGCACGCCCUGAAAAAGGCAGAAGAAACGCGGUGCCUCGAGCCAUCAGAUGGCCCACCCCACCCCACCCCACCGUGUUGAGCUUGGAGUCGGACGGCGCUUGAGAGUCGCCGGGUCGGGCAUGGCAUCCAUAGGCAUACAUCUCCUCGCGGAGCCUGGGGUGGGGCGGUCACCACCAUGCCUAAUCCUAUCGCACCAAGGAGUCUGUCUCGUGCUCCUCGUAGUCUUCCUACCCACCCCUCCACCCCCCCCCCCCCCCCCCCCCCCCCCCCCCCCCUUUGCCCCCAAUCCCUAGCCCUGCCCCUCUCCUCCAGCGCCGCGCGCCGGCUCUAUGCGCCCGCCGCCCCCGGAGAUGCAUAUCACACGCCGCCGUUACCGCUGGGUGAAGGAGUGGGUCCCGCAAGAUCUGGUCGUCACCGGAGGCCCCUGCACGCUCUACAAGUGGGUGCGAGAGGAUAGACUGGCAGCUUUGAAGGCUAAGGAUAAGGAGCAGGGGGCAGCAUCUGCAAUGCCUGAACCAAACUCUGAGGUUCUCUUCCUGUGCAGCUACGAAGGAUGUGGGAAGACAUUUUUUGAUGUAGGGGCUCUUAAGAAGCACGCUCAUGUCCAUGGGGAGAGGCAAUAUAUCUGCCACUAUGAGAACUGUGGCAAGAAAUUCUUAGAUAGCUCUAAGUUGAAGAGACAUUUUCUUAUCCAUACUGGAGAGAAGAAUUUUGUGUGCCCACAUGAAGGUUGUGGGAGGGCAUUUUCGUUGGAUUUUAAUUUAAAGGCACACAUGAAAACACAUUCUGCAGAUAACUAUCAUGUGUGCCAGUACCCAGAAUGUGGCCGAAGAUUUACACAAGAAUCAAAACUGAGAGCUCAUAUCAGGGCACAACAUGAGAAAGCUGUUGGCUUGCAGAAUCCAGGUGCGUCAUCAAUGAACCACAGUGCAAUUGGAGGUCCGCACCAGCCCCCUAGGCCAGCGAAGGUCUCAGCAGCACCUCCAGCUCCCUCAGCUGAGCGCCCUUACGUCUGCCCCUACGAUGGUUGUGACAAGGCAUACAUCCAUGAGUACAAGUUGAACCUCCAUCUGAAAAAAGAGCAUCCCAACCACUACCAGGAUGGUGGUCCAAAUGGUGCUGCCGCCCCUUCAAAGCGCAGCAUCUCGAAGAGUUCCCACAGGAGCAAGCUGGACAUCACCUCUAGGAUGCCACCGGCCAACAUCCCCAAGCACAGAGGGUAUGCAACACCAUUGCCAGCUGUGGUGAGCCUCCCUGAGGAGCAGCAGUUGCUAAGGAAAGUGGUGUACGAGGAUGACAGCGAGGAGACUGAAGAAGAGGGGGAUAACAAUGGCGAGGACAGAUGGAACUACAAGAGAGCUGCUAGCAGCGACGACGAGGAAACCGAAGACGAAGAAUGAGCUGCUAGCAGGGAUUCAUUUUUUUUUCUUCUGUAGCUGUGCAUAUACCAUAAUCUAUAGACUGGUGGUUAUAGAUUUCAAUACAUGUACAUUUUUAAAAUACGGCUGGCCUAUAGUAGACAAGAGGUUGUUGCUGCCAUGCCCCUUCUCAACUACACAGGCCAUGAGUUCAGAAAGGAUAAUGGAUCAUUGCUCCCGUCUGCCUGUGUUUGUGCCUUUUGGUUUGUUGUCAUAAAUGAGUUCUCAGUUAUCGUA